AUGGGCUCCAAACACACCCCGUACAGCUCUAUAGCCGAGACGUCCAGAAUCCUGGAUUUUCUACUGCCCUUGUUCGACCAUGUUUCCCUCCCGGCACAGGCGAGAAAUAAGCGUGCAAAUGUGCGCUUCACAGGCACCAGAGACCAGCCAUAUUUCCCCAUCCCCUUUAAAGAAACCGAGCUCGCAGCUGCACUAAAAGCCGUAGAGGGAUGCGUGGCCUCCGCCCUGGCAGAUGAGAAAUUCGGCCAGGAACAACGGGACAGACGGAUCGUCGUGGACCAGGAGAAGACGACGGCAUUCUUGUUCCAGACUUACCUGGCGAGAGUCGGGGGACUAGGAAAGCUAGACAAGGGAGUCCGGGCGCUUCUGAAAGACACCGACCUGCUGCAGGCGCAGUCCAACCCGUACCGGCGCAUGUCGGCGAAUCUGUACGAGACCGCCGAAAGGGGCGAGUACUAUCACAUCCACGGAUCUCUGGAGGCGUCGACCACGCUGAAAAUGAUUGGGCUGGAGCCGCACCGUCCGGACCUGGAGUCGCAUCAGGACAUUGUCAACACGAUCGAGCCGGCGGUGAGGAAGCACACCGUCGAGCAGCUGGAGGCGAUGAAUGCCCGGCACCGUCAAGCUGGCGUCAAGGCGUUUCGGCACGACGAGUUUCUGCAGACUCCGCACGGCAGAGAAAACUGGUCACUGCCGCCCUGGUCGGUCGAGAGCCUGGAGACGAGCACGCCCAGGGUGCCGCUGCCGAGCACCGGCGACAGGAGGAUACUGUCGGGCAUCAAGGUCCUGGACCUGUGCCGCAUCAUCGCGGGCCCGACCAUCGCGCGGAUCCUGGGCGAGUACGGCGCAGAGGUGCUCAAGGUGACGAGCCCGAAUCUGAGCGACGUGCCGUUCUUCCAGGUCGACGGAAACAUGGGAAAGCGCACCGCGGCGCUGGAUCUCAAAACGCCAGGGGGCCGGCGGGCGUUCGAGGAGCUGUUGAGGGAUGUCGACGUCGUCGUCGACGGAUACCGGCCCGGCGCCAUGGAGAGGCUCGGCUACGGACCGAAGGUCCUGGCGGACAUGGCGGCCCGGCGAGGCAGAGGCGUCGUGUACGUCAACGAGAACUGCUUCGGGUACAAGGGCGAAUGGGCAGGCCGGCCGGGCUGGCAGCAAAUCGCCGACUGUGUCACGGGCGUCGCGUGGGAGCAAGGGCGCUUCAUGGGCCUGGACGAGCCCGUUGUUCCGCCGUUUCCCAUCUCCGACUACGGCGCCGGCUGCAUCGCCGCCAUCGCCGCCUUGACGGGCCUGUAUCACCGCGCGACAAGGGGCGGGUCAUGGCACGGCAUGGCCUCUCUGUUACACUACGAUCUGCUCCUGUUCAAGGUCGGCCUGCUCCCGCGGCACGUCCAGGAGGAGCUCCGACGACAGGCCGGGCCCGAGUUUCUCGGCUUGCGCCACGCCCACAGCGUCGAGCAGAUUUCGGGCACGGCUCUGAGACGCAUGCGGCAGCUGUUUCCCGAGUUUGUAGAUGACGCCAGGUACUUGGACCACUGGUAUGCGGAGGGAUACAAGGCGAAUGUAUCUGUGGUUUUGCCCGUGGUGGAGAUUGAGGGCUUGGAUAUCAGUUUUCAGAGGGCGAGUCGGCCCAAUGGAAGCAAUGAGGCGAGUUGGGAUGGUGGCGACGGCGGUGAGGAAGGGGAUUGUAGAAUAGCGGCCAGUUAG